AUGGAGGAGUUUUCUGAUAAUGAGUUGUUGUCCUCUGUCCUCCCUAGCAUAGUCAAAAGGGUUAGGACUCGGAGAGAAAAGAAAACUGUGGCUCAAAGGUCCCCUAGAAAGAAGAUUGAUGUUCCAACCUCUUCCAAGACAACGGUGGCAGUCGAGAGUUCCCUCAAGAGGAAAUUUCAUGGUCCAACCAAAUCUUGGAGCAAAGUGGUGCCCAAGAAAAAUAAGACCAAGUGGAAAUAUGUUUAUCAGAAGAGGCUGGCUUUGGAAAGGGAAUUAGCUCAUAAUGUCCUAGACUAUAAGGAUAUUAUGGAUCUUAUUCAAGAGGCUGGUUUAAUGAAGACUGUGACUCAGUUUUCAAAGUGCUAUGAGAUGUUGGUAAAGGAAUUUAUUGUUAAUUUGUCUGAAGAAUAUGCUGAUGGCAAGUCUAAGGAAUUCAAGAAAGUGUAUGUGAGAGGAAAGUGUGUAAAUUUCUCUCAUUCAGUGAUCAACAAGUAUUUGGGAAGGCCUGAUGAAGCUCAACUUGAGCUUGAGGUGACUGACAACAAAAUUUGUCAAGUCAUCACUGCUAAUCAGGUAAGGAAGUGGCCUCUCAAAGGAAAAUUGGUGGCAAGUAAACUGAGUGUCAAGUAUGCAAUGCUGCAUAAGAUUGGAGUUGCUAACUGGGUGCCCACCAAUCAUAAAUCUACAGUUGCUGUAAUGCUUGGAAAGUUUAUGUAUGCUGUUGGAACCAAAGCCAAAUUUGACUAUGGCUCCUAUAUUUUUGAUCAAACUUUGAAGCAUGCAGGAAGCUUCAGUGUGAAGGGUCCUAUAGCCUUUCCUUCUCUCAUCUGUGGUAUUGUUUUGAAUCAGUUUCCAAACAUCUUAACUGAGAAUGAUUCUGUGAAGAAAAGAGACAACCCUAUGUCUUUCAAUCAUAAGCUGUUCCUAGGUACCCAUGUCCCUGACAUUGUCAGGACAUCAGGUGAGACAUCACGUGUAAGCAAUCAGCCAGGUAAAGCUGCUGUCAUUGCAAUGCUCAAAGAAAUCUGCAGGGAAUUAGAGGCAAGGAAGCUGAACUUGGAAAAAUUGAUUAGCUUUUUGGAGAUGACUGAAGGUGAUGUGCUAGCUGAUGGUGGAGAAUUUGGUGAAGCUGCUGCUGUUGCAGAAGAAGCUGAAAGACAAGGUGAAGAGGGAGAAGCAGAGGCCAGCUCUGAUGAUGGCACAAAUGAUGAUGCUGACUCUAAGUCAGAUGACUAG